AAAUCCAAAAAAGUAAAUUGAUUAAAUAUUUUCCAAACUUUCAAAGGAAAAAUAGUCCUACAAAAUCUCCUAUAAUCUCAGAAAAUUCAAGUAAAAACGCGUAAUUUUCUGUCCUUGGCAAGCACAAGUUGUCCCUUUUUUUUAGCUAAAGAAAUUAUGAGUGAUCACCUGGUGUUAUAUGUGGAUCGUCUUGUGAGGCCGGUGCCGGCGCGUCCACUUGAAUCGGGGGCUGGUCCCUCGACGGAGGAAAAGGAGAAAGUGAAGGAUAAGGAGGUUUUCCAAGGAAGCAAUGAGGAGGACCCGCUUAUUCAGGUGGCGGAGUGCCGCAUCUGUCAGGAGGAAGAUUCCAUUAAGAAUCUAGAGACUCCGUGUGCCUGCAAUGGCAGCCUCAAGUAUGCGCAUAGGAAGUGCGUGCAGCAUUGGUGCAACGAGAAAGGAGAUAUAAUCUGCGAGAUAUGUCAUCAGUCUUAUCAACCUGAUUAUACUGCUCCACCUCGCACCCAGACGGACGAAACAGCUAUCGAUAUUGGUGGAGGCUGGACAAUCUCUGGCACCCCUCUGGAUUUGCGUGAUUCUCGCCUUUUAGCCAUUGCAGAGGCAGAACGCCAAUUUUUGGAAACUGGGUAUGACGAAUAUGCUGCAUCAAAUGCCACUGGAGCUGCAUUUUGCCGUUCAGCUGCUGUAAUUUUAAUGGCACUUCUGCUAUUGCGGCAUGCAGUGACUGUUCCAGAUGCCGAUUCAGAUGAUGAUGUCUCUUCUUUCUUCUCUUUUUUCUUGCUUCGAGCUGCUGGGUUUCUCUUGCCAUGCUACAUCAUGGCUUGGGCCAUCAGUAUAUUACAGCAACGAAGGCAAAGACAGGAAGCAGCAGCGUUGGCUGCCACCCAAGUUGCUUUUGUACUACAAUCUGGGCAAAGUAGGGGUAUGCAUUUCGCAAUAGCAUCAGGACCUGCAGUGACACUCCACCCGGAAAAUGUUUAAACUUAUAUGAAGUCCUGCACUGACAUUACUUUACGUUACAUUGGUAGUUUACGAGCAAAUGAGGACAGUUCCCCUUUAAAUAAACUUUGCUUCAGCUUGAGCCAUCGAUGGGCCUUGUGCAGAGGUGCCCGAAACCUGUUCGGAGAAAUUGAAAUCCGAUCUGGUUUCAUCCGUGGGUGUGGUGAUGUGCACAGAUGGGUUAACUACACCGAACAUUUUUAGUCUGUGGGUCAAAUUUUAUGAUGAUUUUUAAAUUUCAAAACGUUUUAAUCACGACAUUUACUCAGAAAAAAAAAGUUGAAUGCCAAUGAAUUCUAGUUCAUAAGCGCUCGAGUUCUUAUAGCACUUAUCAGUGAGGCCCCAUUGCUAAUACAAUUAGAUUUCCUCUUCAUAGGCUUGGGAUUGGUUUAGGAUUACGAGAUCCUUUUCUCUUUCAAACUUAG